CCAAUGAGAGUUGGGGGACCCCGGGACACGUGGGUUGAGGUACUGAGGGCUGAGAUUUAGAGCUAAAGCUGUGAGGUGAGUCAGUCACCUUGAGCAGGACGAACGUUGUGGUCGGAGCCCGGGCAGCUGGGCAGCGGGAGUGCAGACUGAAAAAAUGCAGACCACCGGGGCGCUGCUCGUUACUCCGGCUCUGAUACGCUGUUGUACCAGGGGUCUCAUCAGACCCAUGUCUGCCUCCUUCCUGAAUAGGCCAGAGAUCCCAUCUACACAGCCUUUCUGCAGCAGCUCCCCACUCCAGGUGGCCAGGCGGGAGUUCCAGACCAGUGUUGUCUCCCGGGACAUUGACACUGCUGCCAAAUUUAUUGGUGCUGGAGCUGCCACAGUUGGUGUGGCUGGUUCAGGGGCUGGCAUUGGAACUGUGUUUGGCAGCUUGAUUAUUGGUUAUGCCAGGAACCCAUCUCUCAAGCAGCAGCUCUUCUCCUAUGCCAUUCUGGGCUUUGCCCUAUCUGAGGCCAUGGGGCUCUUUUGUUUGAUGGUCGCCUUCCUCAUCCUCUUCGCCAUGUGAGGUUCCGUGGGGGUCAUCCACCCAUCCCUGCUGCUUCUAUUCCAGACCACACCUGGUGCUGGUGUGUACUUAGCUUUACCAUUAAAUAUGUUUCUCUAAACCCA